CUUCAAAACAUCACUUAUUCUCAAUUAUCCUCUUAUCCGCCUGUAAAAAUAUUUAUUGGAAUAUUCACCACCAUAGAAACUUUUGAGAGGAGGCAAUUACUACGUGCAUUGUAUAGAUAUGAAAUAAAUACACGGUUAUUCAACAAAUAUAUUGAAAACAAAGAAAAAGAUUUGAUUGAUUAUAAAUUUAUAUUAGGAAAAUCGAAUAAACAAAUUUCAGAAGAAAUUCAAUUAAAAUUUAUGAUUGAAAGAGAUGCUUUUCAAGAUAUUAUUGUACUAGAUGAUUAUGAAAAUUUGAAUGAUGGAAAAAUUUAUUAUUAUUUUAAGUGGGUAACAGAAAAUUUAAUUAAAAAAGUAGAUAAGGAUAAUAAUAUAAAAGAAUAUGAUUAUAUAGUAAAAACUGAUGAUGAUUCGUUUAUAAAUCUCAAAAAUCUGGCACUAAACUUACGACCUUUCUCUCAAUACUCAGAAAACCUUUAUUAUGGAUAUAUGAGACCCACAAAUACUGGAAGUAAUUUGAAACAGUACGCAACUGGAAUGAUUGAA